UUCCGCCGAGGUACGGGCCUGAACCUAGAAAAUGCUGUUGGCGCCCCAGGAAAGGUACACCUCAAAGAAGAAGAUGGAGCUGAGUCGCUGGAAGCGGCUCACAAGGCCUUUCAAUCCCAAGCCCGCUUUUGACCCUGACAAUGUGGAACACUGGAUGAAGAGAGUGAAGAAAGCCUCAGAGUUUGCAGUUUCAAAUGCAUUUUGUGCCAGAAAUUCUGAUUUACCAGGAAGGUUUUGGAGCCAAAUGAUGGAUUUGGAAACAUCUGAGCAAAUAAAGGAGUAUGAUGAAGUCUAUACAGAAGCUCAGGAGAUGGUCAGUAACUGGUUAGAUACCAAACUUAAACAAGAAUUAGCAAGCGACGGAGAAGGAGAUGCGGCACACACAAUGUCCAGUAUCACUCCUACGCCCGAAGCCAAUGACUAUUUGAAAUAUGACAAGUUUGAUGAUCUAUAUGGCUAUUUGGAGGAAGAAGAGGAAAGUACUACUGUUCAAAAAUUUAUAGACCAUCUGCUCCAUAAAGAAGUGGUGGAUUCUGGGACAUUGGAAGAUCUUGGAAUGAAGGAAAACCAAGACAAGAAGCAGCAGAAGGAUCCUCGUCUUACCAUGGAGAUGAGACAUAAGCAGGUCAAAGAAAAUCGUUUGAGACGUGAAAAGGAACUGGAGCGCCUAAGAACUGAAAGAGCCCUGAAAAAAUCUGCUUUCUUGGAGGCUCAGUGUCUGGUGCAAGAAGAGAAGAGAAGGAAAGCUCUGAAGGCCAAGAAAGAGAAGGAGGAGAUUCAAAAGGAGAUGGUCAAGCUGCGGAGGGAGAUACUUGACAGAAGACGCACUGUGGAAGAGGCAUGGAAAAUAGAGAAGAAAAAUCAAGAAGAAAAUUCUCCAGAAACAAGCAUGUUUCAAAGUGCUCAGGUAAUUCUGGAUAAAGAAGAAGUGGCAAAAGAAAGAAAAAGGAAACUGAAAGAACUGUUAAUCCAAACAUACAAGGAAAAUCACCAGUGUCAAAAGCGAUAUUUCUCUGCCUGGCACAAGCUGAUUCUUGAUCAUAGGAUUCAGCUGGGGAAAGCGGGGACCCUGUCUGACUGGAAGCUUCAACUGAAGGUGCUGCGAGCCUGGAGAGACCAUACGAGGUUCCGAAAGUUGGAUCGGGAGACACAAGCCUUGGAAAAUCAUCUUAGGGAAGAAAACAGAAAACAACAACUGGCCGCUGAGUAUAACCGGAAACAGGUUCUUCGACACUGCUUCGCAGAAUGGCAGCACUGGCAUGGUGCCCAGGUGGUGAAGAGGGAGUUGGCUCUUGCAAAGGAGGAAACUAGGAAGAAAAUGGAUGAGCUGCUAAAGGCAGCAUCUCUAGGAAAACUCAGUACCAAUGGGUUACCGGACAUCCAUCCACAGGAAGACGCAACAGCCAUGGUGGGCUUGCAAGUAGGAAGUGGAGAGGUCUUUGCUGGAUCCCCUUUGUGGGAAAAGCCACCUUCUGGAACCAAUGGAUCUGUGUUGCACCCUCCCUUAGGAAGAACCACAAAGGAUAAUUUGCAGGAUCCCUUUCAGAAUGUCCUUGAGAAUACCCUGGAUAUUCAGCAGCACAAGACCCUAGAUGUUGAGAUCCCUCAGCAUCCUGGUGGUGAUGAGAAACUUGGAACCAGAAGCCAGGGAGGAGAACCUGUUUGUGUGGAGCAUUUCCGCAGCCGCCAUGUCUACCAGCAGCAGCUAAUUGAGAAACAAAAGAAGAAACUUCAGGAGCAGCAGAAAACCAUUCUGGAGCUGAAGGAAAGCCAGCGGCUGGCAGAGGCUCGGUGGGCAGCUGAGCGAGGCGCAGCAGUCACGGAUGCACAGAGCCGCCUUCUGUCAAAUCCCAGAGUAGCAGAGGCACCCAAGGGAACCUGCCAAAAGCUUUUGAAUUCAUCUGUUACCUCUUCUAGGACUGAAGAUUCUAGAAAUAAUUUACGAAAUUCUCUUUCUGGACCUCCAAAAAACACAAAGCAGGCAACAGCACCCCAUCCUAUACUAAAAGCCAUGGAAGAGAGAGCAGUUCAACGUGCUGAACGUAGGAGGAUCUUGGCAGAAAGGAAGAAAAAACAAGAUGAAGAGAAAUUGGCUCAGUUAAAGGCCCAAGAGGAAGAACGCCAGAAGAGGGAGGCGGAAGAGAAAGAAGCUCAACUUGAGAGAAAACGAGAAGAGAAGAGACUAAUGAAAAUGAAAGAACUAGAGAAACAGAAGAGAAUUAAGAGGAAUCAAGAAUUGGAAGCAGUGGCUAAAGAACAUUAUAAAAUAGUUUUGCUAAGAAAUAAAGGUCUAGAGCCUUGGAAGAGAUUGAGAAUGCGAAGCCAGCAAAACCUUCAGGUGGCAGAAGAACAUCACUGUUUGGCUCUGCAGAGGAAAUGCCUACUGACCUGGUUCUGGUAUAGUCAGGAAAGCCAGGCGAAGAAGAUGACCCAGGCUGAUGAGUUUUAUUUCCAGCUGUUGCUCAGGAGAGUCAUCAGGAGCUGGCUACAGUAUGUCACUGAGCUGGAGGACGAAAUAAGAAAACUUAGUGUGAAUUUCCUCCUGAGGAAGAUUUUCAGGGCCUGGUUUACGAUGGUGAGGGAAGCGAAGAUCGAUUCCCAGAACAAGCAUGAGACUGCAGUAGCGCAUUAUGACAGGAAGAUUCUCAGCAACACAUUUCAGAAAUGGAAAGAGUUCAGAAAAUUUAUGAAAGAGGAAAGAGUUAAAGAAGAAAGGCGAAAGCAGCUCCGCAGGAAGGUUGCUGAAAUCCUUCCAGAUUUCCAGAUGCUGACACCACCAUAACGGGAGCUCGCACCAGCAGUCCAGUGCUCGGCCCUUGAAUCAGAUGGUUUUGGUGAGCCUUUAAAUGGACCGUAUUGCUCAGAAUGGAUGAUCUUGAUUGGUCCAGAACGAGCACCAAUUGUUGUCUUCAUCCACAUACCCGCAUUCAUACCUAUAUCUGGUCAUUUUUCUGAGGCACUUCUUGGACCAGAAUGUAUAUUGACAAUUUAUACUCCCUUCUCUGAUUUCUCAUAGCUUUCUAGUCAUUCACUAUAUAGCAUUUAGCACAGUGGGAUCAUGCAAAGGAAUGUUCUAGAGCACUGCUGUUCAAAUAUGUCCUAUAUAUUUUUAGUGAAGUAAACUUUAAAAAAGGACAAGUGUUGGGUCUUGCUUUGUGAAGGAAAGUAUGUCCUUAUGGCUUCAUGUGAAUUCUGGGGAAGCGUAAUUUUAAGUAGAAUUAGCAGUGAGUACUGGUGCUGGUGGUCCGUGUUCUCAAACCUCGAUGGCAGUAACAAACACUGCCAGGCCAUGCCUUUUGACCAGCUCUGAUGGCAAACACCUAUCAAAAGCUACUCUAGACACUCUACUCAGGGCCAGCAGCUUGAUUUCAGAGAAACUAGGGCACCAAAGACACUGUACCUUGCUAAGCAUGGAGGAAAUUCUGCAAGCUAAUAAUAACUCUUAUCAAAGACAACUCAGCAACUCAUUAAAAUGUUCCUGUUCCCAACUACAACUUUUAAAUAAUCCACUUGAUUUGCCUUGGAGUCCCCAACUCAGGUUGAUCUAGAUAUUGAAAUACUGACCUUGAAUUCAAAGAGGUUUUUAUUUUUAUCCUUAAAAUGCUAAAGACAUUGUUACCUGCUAGGAAAAUCAUUUUUAUUACAAAAUGCAACAAUUCAAAUAGUCCACACACACAUUGUAUAAGAAACACCCUUUCUGCGCUGAGAUAACUGCUUUUAAGUUGAUAGAGGAAAUUUGACUGGCAAAAUUAAAAUUCUGUGGUUCUUGAAGUGAAUGUGCUUGAUCCUGACUCGUACUUCCUAGAAGGGAUUUUCCUUAGGUAAAUACAUCAGGGGCCUAAAUAAAUGCCAGAAACUUUACAUUUUCUUUCUUUGUUUCCCUUCAAGCAUCAAACUAGAAAUUGAAUCUUGCACAGUCCCUAUUUCGAAUGGGCCAUCAAGGCAGCCAGUUUUUACCUACAAACGUGAUAAAAGGAAAUAAUUUUGAAGCUCCCUCUCUCACUGAACUGGUGUGAAGCCAUGGUGUGAAAUGUGACCGCUAUCAUAAUGCUGAGGGGCAGAAUCCUGAUCUACAAAACCAGGAAAAUAACCACUAGGUGUAAGGCCAGGGCCAGCUACGCAGCCAAGCCUGUCAGGGCAGGCAGGGGCAGCACUGCUUUCCGGCGGCGUUGUCUUACAGCAAGAGAUUUUAGAAGUGGCAACCAGAAACAAUGCUUUUCCUUAAAUAAAGCACUUUAUUUUCCAUUUAAACGGUUCAGUCACAGUACAUUAUUUUACACAAAUGGCAGUAAUUGGUAAAAUCUCCAUUUAAAAGGCCUUGUGUCUGAGGUGGUUAAGAGGCUGUGAAUACAAGUAUAAAAACAGUGCAAAAUGUCUAGCCCACAGCCUCCAGCUUGGCUUCUGACACUGUCUGUAAUGUUGGUGGGCCAGCUCAAAUAUUGAAUGUGAUAUUAGGUAAACAUUCCUGUGUUUCCUUUAAUCCAACAUCAGACCCAGAAAUGGAAUCAAAUGAAAGGAUACCACACCCCAACAACUUAACCAUCAAAUCACCUAAAGCACGCGGAUCACUAGCUGACCUCACCACAGUCUGACAUGGAAUCUCGCUAGCGGCCUCACCUGAAAAAAUAACAGAUUCAAGUCAAAACUAGCUCUCAUUCUGCAGCUUUCCAACAGACUGGCUCUGAUUUUAAAGCUUUGUCUUUUAAAUAUAAAAGUGUCUUUAAGAGGCUAAGUCACAAGCCUUAACUCAGAGAUGGUCAAAGCCUAGAAGGAACUGGUCUCUUGGAGCCAUCCGGGUUUGGGCCUGCUGCUGCUCCUACAAGAAAACACUUUGUGCUAGCUUAAGUCUAGAUAACUGUUAGCAAGGAUUAAAUUUAGCUGAUGCUGAAAAAAAAAACGUUUACUUCGAUCACAGGUAACAAUCCACAAGAACAUACUGAAUUUUUUUCGGUAUGAAGUUCCACACAGCAUUUGCUCUCCCCUGCACCGCCUUCACAGUGUUUAAUGUAAGACGGCACACUUGUCAAGCUGCUGCUGAGAAGCCAGAUGCCAGACAGGUGUCUCCCGCAGAAGUGUCUUAUCAUCCAUUGCUUGUUUGAGAAAAUUCUCCUCUUCAAAAUGCAGGGUACCAAAAUAUGGCUCCAAGGAAGUUAAGUCAUACAAACCUACUCAUCCAGUUUGAAGGGACUCAAGUUUCACAGAUACUAAACAGGUUGGAACAGUGCUUCUAGAUGGUAUAUUUUUGCUUCCGUUAGUUGAGCUUCAUAAUGUCUUAACCAAAGGAAGGAAGUCUGUUAAGCAUAUGAUCGGUAUUAUGUAGAAUCUUACUGGCAUUGUGUUCUCUGGCAGUAGAAGAGAAAAUUGUCUCUUACUAAAAAUAUUAGCAGUACCAAGGACCAUUGCAUAAGAGAACGUGUACAACAGUCUUUCUUCUAGGCAGGAAGUACAAUGGAAGACAACAAGAAAACCCUAGUUACCAAAGAAGAGCUAAGAGUUAAACACAGAUGUGUAUCUGAAGUGAAACAAGCAGCAUGUUGUCACAGAAACACAUAGAAAGGCUUCGCUUUGGCAGCAGAGUAACCUACCAGUGGUGUGGUCAAGCCUGCUCAUGUCAGGAGCGCCCAGCUAGGACCACAGAGAGCUUCAAAAGUAUCCUCAGAAAAGUCCCGGGUAUUGAAAUAUGUUUCCCUUUCAUGUAAUCCUGAUCCUUACAUUUGUCUCCUUGUACUUGCCCAGCAAAAUAAAACAAUGGGUCGUCAUAAUGUAAAUGGUCAGGACAUAAUGGGGUCAAUCAUUAAGCUCCAUUUCCAGUGUGCUUCUCAAUGGAGGCUGAAAAUGUGGGGUGAGACAGGGAUCUGCUUGUUUGGAACCAAUGGGGAGGGAGGGUGUCUUGCUCCCAUGACCCAGAGACUGGUUUACAAACCUCAGAGAAAUUUCCACUUCUACCACCCAUGUUUCUCAGGGACAACCCAUUCACAGAGGCCUGGUUCCUUCAAUGUCUCCCAAGUCAUGUCUUCUGCCCUCUGGAGAACCGGGGCCUAUAACAAAAUCUCUCAAGUAAUUUCAGAUCAUAAAAAGUCGAGGAGGGUACACCCAGGAUGCCUUCCAGGAACACUGCUCAAAGACAGCCUAGCCUCAUGUCUGCUGCUCCCUUAGGUGCAAACACUUCAGAAGGCUGGUAUCCCCACAACACCAAACACUCUUUUGUUACAGGUUUGAGCUUCCUUCUGUAAAGUGACAAUCAAGGUCUCAAUUACCAUUGGACUGUAUGUCCCUCCCCAAGUGAGGAAAACUUGAAUUGCCUCAUACAAGUGACUGCGGAAUUGUCUGGUGAUCAUUCCAAGUGCUCACCAGUGCCUAUGGGCUUCCUGUACUAUGCAUCUUCGCCACAUCACAUUUGGAUUGUUAAAGAUUUGACAAGCUGUAAUUACAGUCUACACUAGUGUUUCUAUGAGUUUUAUUAUCAAUUGCUAGAUAAGAGUUGGUUCUAUAGCUGGCAUUCUAGAGACAUGAACACUACCAAUUUCUGCCCACAUACACUAUCCUUGAUAUUAUUACUAUCAUUCUUAUCUAAAGCCUACAGCAGCCGAGAUUAGUUAUAGCAGAGCCAACUUGAAUUCUAAUGACUAUCUGACUUUGGUCCAGGGAGAAAGGGCAUCACUGCAGAAACCACAGCGUCUGUCGACAUCCAGGCUUGUUCUUGGGUUCAUCCCAAUAGAAUAUGAAGCCUAUCAUUUAUUAAACAAUCCCCCUCUGAAGAGAGCAAUGACAAGCUCAAUGAAAACAUGGCAACUGUCUUGAGGACAGACAGGAUUAAUGGCGCCUGCAAGUGACGGUAGCUGCCAAAGGCAGGAAUGAAGGAAGUAGUAGUAUUUCUACAACAUUUGUAAAUAUACUGCUAAAGCAACAAGCACAGAAUGAUGGAAAAAGCUACCAAUAUUUCCCCUAUAUUAAGAUAUAUUUAAGGACUCAUGAAUUAUCUUUGGAAUAUCAAGGCAGUAUGUGUAUAACACCAAACAUUUCAAGAUGAAGUUUUCCCCAUCCGAACCACCACCAUCAUGGUUCUAUGGUAGAAUGACACAUUCUAUUGAAGUAUUUAGUCUUUCAUAUUGUUCGGUUUUGAUAGGUGUUUGAAGGAGCAACAUUGUAUUUGGGGAAGAGCAAAAGGAGAACAAUAAUUACUAGGAAUGAUGUACAUCCUGGUUUUUUUCUGCACUAGCGACAUCCAUGUAUGUCGGAAGGGUGAAUGAGAAGAAAUGUGCAAUAUAAGUGGGAGGAACCAGUCAGUUCCUCAUAGGAAAUUCAUGCCAGAAUCAUGUGAAUUACACAGACUGAGUUCCGCAAAACUGACAUAAUUUGAAAUACUUAUAGGAACAAUUGAAAAAUCAAGCCCUUGAUAUUAAUCAACCUCCCUAACCAGGAAAGAGAGUUAAAGUGUCCUCAUACGAAAUGUCUGUUCCUCUUCCAGACACUGCCACAAGGGUGCUAGCACCUUGCCAGGUGAAACAUGGAAAGAAAUGAAAAAACAAAACACAAA